GCAUGCUCCCCCUCCUGACGUCAUGUCUGGAGGCAGGCGCUGACACCGUUCACCUCCAACUGAGGAGCCCUGCUGGAGUUCUCCUCUCGGCUCCUCUGACUGCAGGCCGAGUGUGACCACGUUCCAAGUUCUUCUGGCGGUACAUGUCCUGCUUAAUUUGAAACUUUUUUCUCAUAAGGAAUACAUUAUCUUCCUAGAGGAUCGUCAACUUGAGCUGGAGGUCGCUGCUUAUUUUAUUGUUUUAUGAAUACCGAGGUUUCCCUUACUCGCCAAAAGUAAAAGGAGUGGGACACGGACUCCUGCUAACUUUCUUCUCCUCUCCAAGGAUAGUUGUGGAUAUGGUUUGGGUUAGAUGGGGCCUCCUUCUCUCCUUCGGUUUGUUUCUCUCUCCUGUGUGUGACUCAGUGGAGCGGCAGCAGAGUCGGAGCGGCUUCAGGAGGGUAUACGUGCUACAGCCUGGUCCGGGCCCGGGGCCCGGUUCGGCUCCAGGGGAAGGCGGGGCGCGUGUCAGCUCCAUCUCUACACGCCACGGUCAGUCCGGACAGCCUUUGGCUUAUAAUGUAGAACUCACAGGAAACCUUGGCAGCCAGGUUCGAAUCCGCAGGAUGGGGAACCCAGCGGCUGAAGCCUCACAGCAGCAGGAGCAGAACCAUCAGAACCAGCUCAUGAAGCUGUCCGGGGUGAAUGUCUGUGGAGGGCAGUGCUGCCAUGGAUGGAGUAAAACUCAGGGAUCGCAGCGGUGCACAAAGCCCAACUGCCUCCCUCCGUGCCAGAAUGGAGGAAUGUGCCUUAGGCCGCAUCUCUGUGUCUGCAAACCGGGCUCACAAGGGAAAGCAUGUGAACAGACCGCGGUUCCGGCACACUCCAAUCCAGUGGUUCCCGGGAGUGAACCCACCAACGGCCACACUAACAGUCACACAAAUGGAAACAAUGUGGUACCACAGAGGCCCAUUCCUCAGCAAGUGUCACCUAAUGUUUUCACAUCUUCUAAUAACUUGGCCCAGAUGAAGUUAACUGUCAAGGCAGCCCCCCAGUUCCUGAGACCCCAUUACAUCCAGCAACAUAUCCAGCAGCAAAUCCGGCCUGUGCCAAUGCACCCUGGACAGAGCCAGCAAUAUGUCAUCAAGCCGAAAUACUACCACACACACACUACACACACACAGAUGCAUGUUCAGCCCCAACCUGAGCGGCCCAUCCCUCUAACAGUGGCACACAAUUCCAUCCAUGCAGCACUGGGGAACCAAACAGGAAGGAUCAAGGUGGUCUUCACACCCACCAUCUGCAAAGUGACCUGCAUAGGAAGCAGAUGUCACAACAACUGUGAGAAGGGAAACACCACCACCAUCAUCAGUGAGAACGGCCACACCACAGACACACUGACAGCUCCAAACUUCAGAGUAGUGGUGUGUCACCUACCAUGCAUUAACGGUGGCAAAUGUAGUGCCAGGGACAAGUGCCAGUGUCCUCCAAACUUCGCUGGCAAGUUUUGCCAAAUGCCCAUUCACAAUGGUCACCAGCAGCACCAGCAGUCAUCCGUAGCCUAUGGCCAGGCUCAGAUUGUCUCUACACAUACCCUGCCCCUUACAAACAGCCAUGGACAGACUCCUGUGUUCAACCCAGGCAUUGUUAACAUCCACAUCAAACACCCUCCAGAAGCCUCGGUUCAGGUUCACCAAGUGUCUCAGCUGGACAAUUACUCCAACAAUGGGCACCAGCAACAAAGGUCCCACUCAGGUUCCUCUUCCUCCAGCAGCUACAGCUACCACCACUCUGAAAGCAGCCAGAAGAUUCAGCAGCAUGGCUACAACAUAAUCCAUCCCAACGAGCAUGGCCACAAGGUUCCCCAUUACCAGCCCAUCACCUCCAAGAACACACUGGGUCGCUGCUUUCAGGAAACAGCAGCCGGUCAGUGUGGAAAGGCUUUACCAGGUCUCACCAAGCUGGAGCAGUGCUGUGCAACCAUUGGGACUUCCUGGGGCUUCCACAAAUGCCAAACGUGUCCAAAUAAACCUUCCAUCCCUCUGAUAGACUGUCCACUAGGAUAUAAGAGAGUCAACAGUUCUCAUUGCCAAGAUGUGGAUGAAUGCCAGCUGCAGGGUGUUUGUCCUAAUGGAGACUGUCUGAACACUGUAGGCAGUUACAUGUGCACGUGUAAACCUGGCUAUGUCCCAGACUCUACUCUCACCAGCUGCAUACCCAACACACCUGCCAUCCAGGAUGAAAAGGGUGCUUGCUUCCGCUUGGUCAGCUCAGCAAGGCAGUGUUUACACCCAGUAUCUGCCCAGCUGAGCAAACAGCUUUGCUGCUGCAGUGUGGGCAAAGCCUGGGGCCCUCGUUGUGACAAAUGCCCCCCUCCAGGAACAGCUAGGUUUAAAGAAAUAUGUCCUGGUGGAAUGGGCUACACCAUUUUACCAAACCCUCCUGUAAACAAGCCAGUGACCGUUUUCCAGGAACCAGAUGACUUACAACCCCUGCCAACACCAGAGGAACCAGAUGAGGAUAUUAUGACACAAGAAGCGAUUCUACCAGAAGUUGUUGAGAGGACCUCUCCUCCUGCACCUGUGGAGAUUCUCCCGUCCAACGCAGGCCAGGACAUCGCACCCACUCAGUUAGCUGAGGUGGAUGAGUGUCAGAUCAACCCUUACAUAUGUGGACGUGGGAUUUGUUACAACACAGUUGAGAGUUACACCUGCCACUGUGAUGAGGGAUACCACCUGAAUGACCACCAAACUACCUGUGUAGAUAUUGAUGAAUGUGAAAAUGGGACAGUGUGUCCUUCAGGUAUUUGUUUCAAUGAGCCUGGAGGUCACAGUUGUGGUUCCUGUCCAGACGGCUUUGUAGGGCAAGGAGGUCACUGCAUGGAUAUAGACGAGUGCCAUGAUGAGCGAGUGUGUAUCAGAGGCCUCUGCCUGAACACUGAAGGCUCGUUCCUGUGUCAGUGUGGGCCCGGGUUCAGAUUGUCGUCAACUGGAGAUCAGUGUGAUGAUGUGGAUGAGUGUCAGGAGGAGAUGGCUCCAUGUCAGGCUGUGGGAGAGUGUGUCAACAACAUGGGCUCCUACACCUGCACCUGCCCUGGGGGUUACAGACAGAUCGAUGGCACCAGCUGUAUAGAUGUGGAUGAAUGUUUGGAAGAGACAGAGCUCUGCUCCCCUCAUGGUACAUGUCUCAACACGAAAGGCUCUUAUCUGUGUGUGUGUGACACUGGAUUCACCGCCAGCCUCGAUGCGCCCUCUUGUGAUGACAUUGAUGAGUGUGGGCUCAAUGAGACACGAUGUGGGCCCCAUGGCUACUGUGAGAACAGGCUGGGCUCAUUCCAGUGUCUCUGUGACCAAGGCUACCAGGAGUCUCAAGAUGGCCAAGCUUGUGAGGAUGCAAACGAGUGUGACCUGCUGAGCAGUGUGUGUGGAGAAGCUGAGUGCUUGAACGUUGAAGGGUCCUUCCUAUGUGUGUGUCCCAAGGACCAGGACUACAAUGUCAUGAUUGCCAAGUGUGAGCCCACUCAAACAGGGCCUUUAGUGGAGCGGAAAGAUUGCUACUACCAUCUGAGUGAUGAGAACCUGUGUGAGAGUGUGCUGAGCAGCCUUGUCACUCUACAGGAAUGCUGCUGUACUCUGGGAGCUGGCUGGGGGGACAACUGUGAAGUAUACCCUUGUCCUGUUUAUGGUACAGACCACUUCAGACAGAUGUGUCCAUCUGGGAGAGGUUUUAUUCCCAAUGAAGACUUGUUAUAUGGAAUAACGUUCCCAGACAAUUACAAAGACGCAGAUGAAUGCAAACUUUUUGAGAAGGAGGUGUGUAAAGGGGGCUACUGCGGGAAUACAGAGGGAAGCUAUGAGUGUUACUGUGAGAGUGGACACUACUACGAUCCAAUGAAGCUGGAGUGCAAAGAUGUCAAUGAGUGUUUGGAUGAGUCAAUUUGUGAUGGUGGAGAGUGUCUGAACACAAAUGGCUCAUACAUCUGCUUCUGUAAACCUCCCAUGGUGCUGGACCCAAACAGUUACCGCUGUAUUGUGCUUCCCCAUUUGGCUGAGCAACAAGAGAUGGAGCAGGAAUACUAUCAGGGGAUAUGCUGGCAGACAGUCUCAGAAACCAACAUAUGCACACAGCCUCUGGGGCCCAACAGAAAGACCACCUUCACAGAGUGUUGCUGUCGGUUCGGAGAGGGCUGGGGAAUGGACUGUGCCCUGUGUCCUGCCCGACACUCAGAGGACUAUGCAUCCAUGUGUAACAUUCCUUUGGGUGGGAGACGGCAGCCAUAUGGUCACGAUGCCCUCGUUGCUGGCCCAGUUCAUGAAUAUGAAGUGAGCCCAGGCUACUUACCCUCACCUGAUGAGGAGCAAUUCCGAAACCUUUAUGAAAAUGAAGAACAUCGUAACAGUGCAUUUGAGGGCUUACAAGCUGAGGAGUGUGGGAUCCUGAAUGGCUGUGAGAACGGUCGGUGCGUCCGGGUUCAGGAGGGUUACACCUGUGACUGCUUUGCAGGAUACACCCUUGACUUGUCCCGCAUGUCCUGCAUUGAUGUGAACGAGUGCUCAGAGCUGAACACCCGGAUGUCGCUGUGUAAAAACGGAAAAUGCAUCAACACAGUGGGCUCCUACCAAUGUGAGUGUCUGCCGGGCUACAGGGUUUCUGACAAACCCAACUACUGCGUGAAGGCGGACGAACACCAAACAUCCACACACAUUCAGUGAGAGGAGAAGAGGGCCACAAAAACCACACGCACAAGCUCAUAAUUGUCAUACCUGUGAGGACAUCAACUUGCUGUAGUCAGUCAGUGAUAAAUUCUACCAACCAAAUUCUAAACCUUCUUAACAACUGACAUUCAACACUGAGCAUGAGGAACAAUAUGAGGGGCAACAGUUACGUUUUUCCACUCAUUUAGCACAACCAAAUCACAGGUUUCAAAGGGUUUGUACUCAUUAAAUAUUUCUUUAUCAUUUAUAUUACUAUGGACAGCUUGAUUAUGUUGUCCACUGCAACAUUUUUUAUCUUUAUAAAAUUAAAUUAUUAUGCCUGAGAGAUAAAUUAUUGGCCAAUUUAGUUAAAGAAAUUUCUUUCUAGUUCCACUCUAAUGGCCAAAUAUGGGGAAAAUCUGCUCAAUGUCCAAGGCUUUAAAGAAAAUUAUGUUUCUGAUUUAUUUUUUAUUUUGCUUUACAAAUGUAUAAACCUGCUUUGGUCCAACCAGUUUAUGGGAUUAACCUGACCAAUAUAGCUGAUUUUUCUGUUUCCAGUUUCUACAAUGGGUCCCACUUUUGGGAAUAACUGCUUUGAAGGAUCGUUAGGAAACAUCUAUAUAAAUACUUAUUGUGCCACCAAAGUUACCUAAAUGGAUGGUCUAUUAUUAGAAUCUGUAUUUAUUGAAGACCUGUUUGGGUUAAUUAUUAGCUAAUGCGUGGGAUUUAUACAGAGACCAGACGUAAAGAGUUGAGGUGCAUUUUAGAUCUGAGAGGAAGGAAGGAAUACCAGGUCCAUGACACAACACACACACCCACACAAACCUAAUCCACUUCAAUACUGUAUCAAGAAGAAAACAUUAGGCAAAGAUAAACUAUAAAGUCACUUUUUGAACACACUUAUAUCUGGGAGUGAGACGUGUGUAAAAAAAUUAUGUUUGCCUUCUUUAAUUUGUCUCUUAAGCAGUGCUUUAUCAGUCAGCAGAGACAGUUUUGUUCUUUUAGCUUUUUGACAAACCCAACGUAAGAAUUUCUAUUUGGGGAUCCUGUUGUAUUUUACACCACUUCAAAACCAUUGUUAAAUAUUUAAAUCUGUAAGGGCUGUUCCAUCCCUUUUAAUGUCUUUGUGAGCAAGCUUUUAUUACCACACCACAGCACCAUCAGGUCAUUUAGCCUGUAAAUACCUCUGAGCUUUAGGAGUCACACAGCUUCGGGAACAAGCCUGUUUCGGGGUUUUCUUAAUAAAGUAACAGCUGUCAGAUCCCAUCAGACAGCUGCAAAACACGGGACAGAUUUAUGCUUCAUAUUUUCCAGUCUUGUGGGGUAGUGGCGCUGCUGUGGGACAGCGAUGGGAGAGAAGAAACUCAUGUACAUUUAAACUAAAGAGCGGAGAAAAUAGCUCAUGUGUUUUGUACAUGAAUAAAUGUCUUUUUCUCUUAAUUCAUAACAUAUUGUACAAUAAACCAAUUGGUAAUAAACUACAAAUUGUAAUAUUUAA